UUACUGGAUUUUAUAAAAAGUGAUUUUCAAAACGAGUGAAUUAGCAGUGUAGUAGUCUUCUACGCUACAAAUUUUCUCAAUGUUUGAUAAGAAUAUGGAUACGACGCUUUCAUCAUCGCUACACGGUGGUGAUUUAGAUUCGACAAGUUCCGGCGGCACAUCCUCUGAUAAUUCAACAGUUAUACACGAUAAUAUGCAUUCACCCAUACAAUAUGGUACUCUUUAUGUGCCCAAUUCAAAUUAUCGCGGUAAUAUCUCCUGCAAAACGGUUCUACAUUUUGACAAAUUCUACGCCAGUGAUAAAGAGAUCGAGCGAAGAUUUUGCGAUAUUACCAGUGAUUAUGACAAGUCUCCACCGCCUACCGCUGCGGGUUCACCGCUAUAUCCCGCGCUGAAUGGCGUCAUCUAUGAAAAUGGCGUCGGUGAUCACAAUGGUAAUACUAAAACAACGCUCGCCAAUGAUGCGCUAAACAGCGGCAUUAAUCGUACAACAGCAAUAGGUUUGAGUGGGGGCAGUCAACUGAUACCCGGCAUAACAACAACACAUGGCAUGUCAGGUGGAUUCCAAUUGGAUCGCAAGUUUUUACAAUUCACCACAGAUCAGAUCCAAUGCAUGUGUGAGGCGCUGCAACAAAAGGGCGAUAUCGAGAAGUUAACCACCUUCCUGUGUAGCCUACCCGCCAGUGAACUGUUCAAGACGAACGAAAGUGUGUUGCGCGCACGCGCACUUGUCGCCUAUCAUCGUGGUCAAUUUCACGAGCUCUACAACCUACUGGAAACGCAUUGCUUCUCAGUGAAAUACCAUAUCGAUUUACAAAAUCUUUGGUUCAAGGCGCACUACAAGGAAGCAGAGAAGGUACGCGGACGUCCUUUGGGGGCGGUUGACAAAUAUCGACUACGUAAAAAAUAUCCAUUGCCAAAGACGAUUUGGGAUGGUGAGGAGACUGUGUAUUGCUUUAAGGAAAAAAGUCGAAAUGCUUUAAAGGAUUGCUAUAUGACAAAUCGUUAUCCUACGCCGGAUGAGAAGAAAACGUUGGCGAAAAAGACGGGUCUUACGCUGACGCAAGUGUCGAAUUGGUUCAAGAAUCGAAGGCAACGGGAUCGAACGCCGCAGCAAAGGCCUGACAUCAUGUCUGUCCUGCCUGUACAACAACUGGAUGCCAAUGGCUUUCCACGCAUGUUUAACGCCCCCAGUUACUAUCCAGAAUCGAUUUUUAACACUCAAUAACAUAAGGUCUUGCAGUUUUAAGGAUGGUUGGUUUUUAUUAGGAAACACGCGCUAUGCUUAAAUUAUAAAUAUUUUUAAAAUUCUGUUUAAAUUAA